ACCGUGGCGUGAGCAUCGCCAGAGACGGAGGCGGUCGGGCGUGGCGGGGCAGCGAGGUUAACAGCGUCAGGUGUUCGCGGCAGACUGCACUGUUCGGUGCACGGAGGUUGAAGAAACAGCCGCAGCCUUCAUAUCACCAUCCAACGGCCAAGAUUCGUCGACUGCAAUCGCAACUGUUUUCAGUCAUGUGUAAUACAGCAUCGCUCUAAAAAAAAACCUCUUCGCUCAUGGCCAGCUCUGUGUUCCCGGAAUUGCAGGACCCGGACAGCGGCCACCGCCCACCGCUCCAACUACCGAAGUCCCCGCUCCUUCUGCCGGCCAUGCCAUGGCCCAGACCCCGGCGCGCGCCGCCUCCGCUGUUCGGCUCUUCGAUGCGCACUGCCACCUGCAGGAUCCCCAUGUCGCGGCCGUCGCGCCCGCCCACAUACGCGCCGCCGCCGCCGCCUCCGGUGUGGCGCGCUUCGCGGUCAACGGUACCUCCGAGAAAGACUGGCAAUUGGUGAAGCAGAUGGCCGAGGAUCAAUCAGCCGUCGUCCCCUGCUUCGGCCUCCACCCAUGGUGGGUUCCGGAGAGGUCACCGGAUUGGAUGGAUUCGCUCCGGCAAUUCUUUGCGGAGACCCCGGAGGUGGCUGUUGGGGAGGAAUUAAUUAUAGCCAUGCCUUGGAUACAUUGUUCUGCCGUCUCUAGGCCCUCUUCGUACUUUAAUUCUAAAGAUUGGUUUGGACAAAGGUUCACAAGGAAAAACCAUCGACUUUGGAGAACAGGUCUGUACUUAGCAUGGGCCCUGCACUUCAUGUUGCGUGCUUGCUUAUGGAUUUUUCAGGUUGAAGUGUUCCAGCGACAGCUUGAACUAGCUAAGGAAUUGGAGAGACCUGUUUCUGUUCAUUGCGUGCGGGCCUUUGGUGAUCUUCUGAAAAUACUGAAGCAAUCUGGACCUUUCCCAGCAGGUGUGUUGUUGCAUUCGUAUCUGGGAUCUGCAGAAAUGGUGUCCGGCCUUGCAAAUUUAGUCUGUUACUUUUCAUUGUCUGGCUUCUUGACAGGCAUGAAAUCCACUAAGGCAAAGAAAAUGCUGAAAUCAAUACCCUUGGAUAGAAUUCUUCUGGAGACAGAUGCACCUGAUGCAUUGCCAAAGUUGGACAAUAUUUCUGUAUUACCGACCCCUGUGCAUAGUUCAGAUUCAGAUACUGAAAAGCAUCACAAAGAUUCAUAUCCACAGGCUUCCACUGCAUUGAACGAGCCCAUGAACCACCCAGCUAGUAUACAUAUUGUAAGAUUUUUUUUGCUUGGAUCUUCGGUUUUAAUAUUACACAAUUGUCUAUUACUCUAUUAGUAUACUGAAGUCCUUUUGUUUAAAUAGCUUAAGCAAUCCAGCGUCAGCCCCCUGUUUCCUUGUGUAUUCCAUCUAUGAAAAAGGCUUGUUUACUUUGUAUUGAGCAAUAAUGGGCUGGGAAAAUGCUUCUAAAAUCUUGUGUCACUGCUUAAAAUGCCAAAGGCAGAACUUGCUGAGGUGAGUUACAAGAAUGCUACCAAGCUAUUUUUCUUAUCCUAGCUCCAAAGUUCACCCCGAAGCUGAAGCCGUCUGAUGGGGUUCAUCACUGCCUUACUCACUGGUCAGCCAAAGCGAACACUGUUUUUCUGCUUCCUGGUAUUUUGUUCUUCUGAGUGUUUUCUGUGUAUCGGAUUGUAGUGACUCCCGGAAACAAUAGAGAAAUGAUUAGACUUCACUGUUAAUAUUAAAGAAAGAAGGCGAAUACUUAGUUAAAGCAGUGCUACUGCUAUCUUGCGAAUA